UCACUGUCUUUCACGUCCACUCCGUUCGUGACUCGCCCAUUUCAUUUUACCUUCGCAUGUUCAGAUCAUCAUUGAAAUCGAGGGCUCUCUCCGAAUUGCUUUACACUUAGCUGUGCACUUCUUAUUGAGAAGGCUCGCCUCCUCUAAAUCUUGCCCAUUCUACAUUUCCCGGGCUAUCCCACUGGCGGUAAAUCGUCGCCAUGUCUUCCAACAAUGACAGUAUGAUGACCAGGUUCUUGUUUGCCAUUUUGAAGCAGAAGAACCUCAAGGAUAUCAAUUGGGACGCGGUUGCUAAAGACGAGAUCUUACCCCAACCAAUUUCCAAUGGCCAUGCCGCUCGCAUGAGAUACUCACGUUUCAAAAUCGCUAUGCUAGGCAAUGAGCCUACUAGACGAAACCGAACGGGACAGGCGAAAAACCGAGUCACAAAGUCGAAGAAGGAACCAAAAGGGAAGAAGGACAAACUUGUCAAGCUAGAAUCUACUCUAGAAUCACUCCCAGAAUCCUCGGUCACCCCAGAGCCAUCCGAGGUGCCCGCUCCCAAGAUUAAACAAGAGAGCGCCCCCUACAGCUUUGAUGAUCGGUUCACUCCUCGUCUAACUCCGGGACCAUCUGGCCCAAUUCCGGCUACUUCGGUUUCGAGCAACCAUGGCGUGAUUCAACCUCGAUUUCUUACACCGGGCAGUGAUAGCGACUUUUUCUCUCCAUCUCCAGCCUUCACACCCAGCCCCACCAGUGAGAUGGUCACUUCCCAGAACUCAUUCAACUUCCGCGAUUCGCCGUGCCCCGACCACCCCGACCCGAUGUGGCCGAGUGUUCCGCACUAUACCACCUUCGGGGCAGGUUCUUCAUUUGAUGAAUUUAGAGCUAGCCCUUGCGAGCCACCCCACGUGCAUUCUCAUCCGCACAUGCCUCCGUUUCGGACAGUUGAAUUUGAUGAAGAUUACGUCGACGUGAAGCACGAAUGGGACGAGUACUCUUGAUGGACAUGUCAGGGGCUCGGAUAGGCUGGUUUUGGGCUAUGAUGAUGUCAGGUCAGAUAGCUAAUAUACGCUGUGGGGGUUAUGAGCUGGUUUCUACGGGGAAUUGAUCAGGGAAACACGUGGAUCGCUAAUCUGUCAUGGGGUACUUUCUAUGCGGUUGGUAACAAAGGAAACCUGGGCGUUUCGGGUCGAAUAUCUGGCUUCUUGAGGGGUUUGAUGCUGGUGAAUUCACUCAUUUGGGCUUUG